ACUGCUGCCUGUGCAGCCUUCCUUCGUUAGGAGCGGAUGCGCUCUGAUUGGCGCAGAGCUGCUGACGUCAGACAGAGGGGGCGGGUCUAAAGGAGGAAAAAGCAGCUGUUGAUCAACUGGACUGAAACUGGAUCCGAGUUCCGAACCUGCGGCAGGACGUUCAGAACCGGCAACCGGUGCAGUGAUCCAGAGAACCCAGCAGAACCAGCAGCGGACCCAGAUUGGACCUGAAGGAUCCGAACGGUUCUGCAGAACUCCUGGCGAACGAAACCGGUCCAGUCAGGAUCAGUUAGCUUCUCACAGAUGGGGGGCCAGGUCUCGGUUCCGGACGGGGUCCACGUGGUAGUGGUAGGCGGCGGGUUCGGCGGCAUCGCGGCGGCGCAGCAGCUUCGUUCGGCCGGGUUCGGCUUCACCCUGCUGGACAUCCGGGACUCCUUCCACCACAACGUGGCUGCGCUGCGGGCCUCAGUCCAGCCCGGCUUCGCCCAGCGGACCUUCAUCCCCUAUGCAGAGACGUUCGGAACCAGCUUCCUGCAGGGUCGGGUGGAGCGAGUGGACCCGGAGCGGCAGCUGGUGGUUCUCCAGGGUGGCAGGGAGGUCCAGUACUCCCACCUGAUCCUGUGUACUGGUUCUGAUGGUCCGUUCCCGGGGAAGUUCAACACCGAGGCGUCGAUGCAGGACGGCGUGACGGCGUACGAGGACAUGGUGGGACAGAUCCAGGUGGCGGACUCGGUUCUGGUGGUCGGGGGCGGAGCUACAGGGGUGGAGAUGGCAGCUGAGAUCAAGACGGAGUAUCCAGACAAGAAGGUGGUUCUGAUCCACUCCAGGAUCGGGCUGGCCGACGAGCAACUGGUCCAGAGCGUCAGGCAGCAGGCCAAGGAGGUUCUACUGGAGAAGGGAGUGGAGCUGGUUCUGGGUCAGAAGGUGUCCAACUUGUCCGAGUUGCCGCUGAACCGGACCCAGAAGAACCUACAGGUCAGAACUGACAAGGGGGAAACUCUGGAGACGGACCUGAUCAUCUGCUGCACCGGCAUCAGGGUCAACUCUGGAGCCUACGCCUCCAGCCUGGAGGGCAGCAUGGCUGCUGACGGGGCGCUGAAGGUCAACCAGUACCUGCAGGUCGAGGGGUUCUCCAACAUCUUCGCCGUUGGCGACUGCGCCGACCUGCGCGAGGCGAAGCUGGCGUACCACGCCGGGCUCCACGCCUACGUCGCCGUGUCCAACAUCAUCAGCAGCCUGAGCGGGAAGCCGCUGACGCCGUAUCGCACAGGUAAUGUGUCCAUGCUGCUGGCGAUGGGCCGAGACGACGGCGUGGGCCAGUUCAACGGCAUCCGGCUGCCCCGCUGGCUGGUCGCCCUGGGGAAGAGCCGCGACCUGAUGCUGUGGAAGAGCUGGAGGGAGAUGCAGCAGAAGCAGCCCUGAUGGUCGCCGUGGAAACGCCUGAGGAUCACCAGCAUCACCUCGUGCCUAUUGCUCUGACCUCUGACCUUAAAGAUUAACAGCAUGAUAACAUGUUAGCAGCCGUUUCACUCAUGAUAAUCGUCCAAACUCUGAUGUUUUUCUCUUCUGCAUUAAUAACCUCUGAAUAUAAACAACUUUUUACUGAAUAAACUCAACAUGUAGAAAAUG